CUUAAAAUUUCCUGCUUGCUAGAUACGACAGCUGCAGAAUGAACUCAAGAAACUCACUAAGUUAUCAAUAAUUGCGUGAAAAUGAUGGAAUUGAUUCCAAUAUUGGUGGUUUUGAUGCUGAGUCUCGUUGGGUUAGAGGCCCAACGAGUUACAACACCAGAUGGUCCGAUUCAAGGAACGACACAAACAACCAACAGUGGCAAAACCUUCUACGCCUACUACUCAAUUCCCUACGCCAAACCACCAACUGGUUCCAGGCGUUUUUUGGCUUCUGAGGCAGUAGAUCCUUGGACCGAAGUGUUCGAUGGCACGUCAGAAAACCCGAACAUUUGCUACCAGCUGUACGGUGACUACGAGCAAGAAAAUGAGGAUUGUUUACAUAUGAAUGUUUUUACGCCACAGGACCCAACAGCUCCAUCUGGAAGCCUUCCCGUGAUGGUAAAUAUUCACGGGGGUGGAUUUGUUUCUGGAUCUGGCCUCGUAUCAACCGCCUCUACUGGAGGAUUUUCCCCAAAUUAUUUGCUUGAAGAAGACGUAAUUUUUGUCUCGUUCAAUUACCGAUUAGGAGCUUUUGGCUUCCUCUCAACUGGAGAUGAUGUCGUUCCUGGAAACGCUGGACUGACUGAUCAAAUUCUGGCCCUUGAGUGGAUGCAGCGUAAUAUUGCAGCUUUUGGCGGGGAUCCAGAUAGAGUGACGAUUUUCGGACAGUCAGCUGGAGCCGCUUCUGUUGGUUACAUGCUCCUCACUCCCAAAGCAAGCGGCCUGUUCUCUGGAGCAAUUCUCGAGUCUGGAUCGUCGCUUUGCCCGUGGGCAUACCAAAGAAAUCAAACUAAAAUUACCUUCAAAACCGCCAGUUUUGUCGAUUCUCAAUUUGAUUAUUCGACAGAUUCCGCAUCGCUACUGGAAAUCCUUCAGCAAGCUGAUGCCAAAGCCAUCGAUAAUGCGGCUUUGUCGUUUGCCAGCUACGACGGAGGUCAACCCAAUGCCAUCCAAAGAAGCCAGAUGCAGCAAGGAGCCUAUUAUGCCCCUAUUAUUGACUCUUUUAGCAGCAACCCAGUGAUUCCGAGCUUCCAGUACGAAUCUUUUGCUUCUGGAAGCAUUAACAAGGUUCCGAUUUUGCUUGGAAUUUGCUCCGAGGAAGGGUUGAUGAAUCUGGACCAGUGGUUGGACAACUCGCUGGAAGCGUACGAUGAAAACCCAGGCACUCUCAACCCGCAGGAUAUGAACAUAAAUAACGAAGCUGACUGGAAUACCGUUGGAAGGUUGAUUAAACAGGAAUACUCGCCUAGUAAUACCUUCUUGAACAACCGACUUGGAGCUAUUCAAUACUUUACCGAUCAGGACUUUGCAAAGUCUAUAACGAAACAUGCCGAACUGCAAUCUGAACAUACUGAAGUAUUUUUCUACGAGUUUGCCUACACUGGGACAAUGGGAGGCAAUACUGAGCACAAACUUGCAGGUUCUGGAAAUGUGACUCACACGGAGGAAUGGGCCUACAUAUUUGGAGGAUACCCAUUGCAAUACUACCCGAAACGUGAUCAGUUGGUGCACAACAGGUUGAUCAAAAUCUGGACCAACUUUGCCAAAUAUCGUAAUCCAACUCCAACAUCCGAAGAACUGCUGCAAAACAUCGAAUGGCCCAGGGUAACAGCCGCGAAUUUUCAAUAUGUGAGCAUUGGCAAUUAUGAAGACAGCGACUUGAAGAUAGUUGAGGGCAAACCUAAAGCUGCUCGAAUGGCGAUUUGGGACAAUCUUUACAACACUUAUGGAAAUAGACCUUAUGAUUCAUAUUAUGUUUCAAUUAAUGUAAAUCACUUGAAAUUUUCUGAUAAUUUUAUUUUAUGCGUAUUAAAGAAACUUAUUCUAAUUAAUGUUUCCUUGAACUUGAUGGAGCCAUACGCAAUUUUGCUUAUUCUUUUGUUGAGUCUCUUUGAUUCAGAGGCUCAACAAGUUACGACUCUCGAUGGUCCAAUUCAAGGCACCAUUCAGACAACCUACAGUGGCAGAAUUUUCUACGCAUACUUCUCGAUUCCUUACGCCAAACCUCCCAUUGGUUCUAGACGUUUUUUGGCUUCUGAACCUGUGGAUGCGUGGACCGAAGUGUUCGAUGGUACUUCAGAGAAUCCCAACAUUUGUUAUCAACUGUACCGAGACUUCGAUGAAGAAAGUGAAGAUUGUCUACAUAUGAACGUUUUUACUCCACAGAACUCAACGACCUCAUUUGGAAACCUUCCAGUUAUGGUCAAUAUUCACGGAGGUGGAUUUGUUUCUGGAUCUGGCCUGGUCUCAACUGCCACCACUGGAGGAUUUUCUCCCAAUUAUUUGCUCGAGGAAGACAUCAUUUUCGUUUCAUUCAAUUACCGAUUGGGUGUCUUUGGCUUCCUCUCAACUGGAGACCAAGUGAUUCCUGGCAACGCUGGACUAAGCGACCAAAUUCUUGCGUUGAAGUGGGUUCAACGCAAUAUUGCAGCUUUUGGAGGAGAUCCAGACAGAGUAACGAUUUUCGGCCAAUCCGCUGGAGCCGCUUCUGUUGGCUACAUGCUUUUGAGUCCCCAAGCUAAGGGCCUGUUUUCUGGGGCGAUUCUCGAAUCGGGAACAUCACUUUGCCCAUUUGCGUACCAAAGAAACCAAACCAAAAUCACAUUCAAGACUGCUAGUUUUAUCGAUUCUCGGUUUGAUUAUUCUGCCAAUGCCUCAUCACUACUGGAAGUUCUUCAGCAAGCAGAUGCGAAACUGAUCGACAAUGCAGCUUUGAAGUUUUCCAACUACGAUGGAGCCCAACCCAAUGCAAUUCAAAGAAGCCAGAUGCAGCAAGGAGCUUACUAUGCCCCUGUUAUUGACUCUUUUAACAGCAACCCAGUGAUUCCAAGCUUUCAGUAUGAAUCUUUUGCAUCUGGAAGCUUCAACAAGGUUCCGAUUAUGCUUGGAAUUUGCUCCGAGGAAGGCUUAAUGAACAUGGACCAAUCGCUGAAUGACUCAUUGGAAGCUUACGACAGAAACUCUGCCACUCUAAACCCCCAGAACAUGAACAUCAACAACGAAGCUGAAUGGAAUUUUGUUGGAAGCUUGAUUAAGCAGGAAUACUCUCCUGACAAUGCAUUUUUCGAUAACCGUCUUGGUGCUAUUCAAUACUUCACUGACCAAAACUUCGCAAAAUCGCUAACCAAACAUGCGGAGCUACAAGCUCAAUAUACUCAUGUCUAUUUCUAUGAGUUUUCCUAUACUGGAGCCAUGGGAGGAAACACCAAGUACAAGCUAGAAGGUUUAAGGAAAAUAUGGCUUAGAUUUUCUUCUUUGCGAUUAAUGUUCACUAUUUAUUCAGGUUCCGGCAAUGUAACUCACACGGAGGAAUGGCCUUAUAUAUUCAGGGGCAAGCCAUUGGAAAACUAUCCAGAAAAUGAUCAACUAGUGCACAACAGACUGAUCAGAAUCUGGACCAACUUUGCCAAAUAUCACAAUCCAACUCCAACAUCAGAAAUGCUGCUGCAAAAUAUCGAAUGGCCCAGAGUAACAUCGGAGAUCUUUCAAUAUGUGAGCAUUGGCAAUUAUGAAAAUACCGAUUUAGAGAUGGUUGAGGGCAAGCCCAAAGCUGCUCGAAUGAGGAUAUGGGAUAAUAUUUACAAGACUUAUGGAAACAGGCCUUAUAAUACAUAUUAAAUUAGGUGGCUGUUAAAGAUGUUAUUUAAACAAGGAUCUAGAGAAAGA